CACUCUCGUUCCUCAUGUCGGAAACCCAAACGGGCGUGCAGCAUUCUUGAAGACGAUGGAUUUUGCUUUGCCUCGAUGGAUUUAUGUUCGACUUUCGAAAUCCGUCGAUCGGAAUAGAAGCGAAGGCAAAAUCGCGGUUCUUCUUCUUAUUUCUUGUUCUCGACGACGACACCCAUUGCCGCACAACCGCCGGAUAAUCACGAGCACCCCUGUUGAUUGGAAACGACGUCCACCGACCCAUCCGUCCAUCUUUCCAUCCAUCCAUCAUCCAUUGCACUGCAUAGCAAAGCAGACUCUCGGGACGCAUUAUUGAUUUUUGAUUUGAUUUGAKUCGAUUCGAUUCGAUUUSAKUYKAUUYYAUUCCAUUCCCACAAAACAACCGCCGCAAUGAAAUUCUUUGGAACCCCGCAGGCGGCCAUGGCGGCGGCRCUCUCCGUGGCCUCGUCCACGGCGUUUGCACCGAUGCCGGCCCUUGUCCACGGGCCGGUGCCCCUCUCGGCGCCGCACCAGCAGCGCCGGCGGAGGGGAGCAAGGGGGACGACGACCGGCCUCGCCUCGAGCCGGCAGGAAGACGCCGAGGACCGGAUCGUCUCGCUGAAGAAAUCCUGGAGCGACCAAUCCGGCGUCUGCCUCCCGUCCGAGGAAACCGAGGCUCCCCCCGCCCUGGCGAUGCUCGGGAACCUAAAGAAGAAGUACUGGAAGCUCCCGCCGGCCCCGGAGGACCAGUUCAUCAUGACGGGGGACAUCUUCACCCUCUUUCUGUACGCCUUUACCAGCCACUCGAUCAACGACGCCAUCGUGGGGGGCCUCCUGGAGGACCCCUCCCUGACCAUCCCCGAGGCCGUCAGGGAACUCGACCCGCUGCAGACGGUGGUGAAGCUCCAGACGCCGGUCUGGGUGGACCUGGCMUCGAACCCCAACGUUCCCUUUGGGAACCCCUCGGUCGACCACGCCCUGGAGGUGACCGCCCGGGAGUCCCUCAUGAACCACUGGGGGAUUUUGCUCAGCACGGAGGGAUCGGCCUGCGUCGCCCUGUGCACCUGCUGGCUGGUGGCCGGCUACCUGCACCGGUCCUUUUCCUUUGACAACUCGACCUACUGCGGGGGGGACAAGGCCCUCACCAAGACGGUCGAGACCUGGGCGACGGCYGCCCUGCUGCUGGCCUGGUGCGCCGCCGGGGCCGAGGGCCUGGCCGGCCACUUCCCGGCCCUCCAGGCACUGGUCUGCGGACAGUGCCACCCGCCCAGCCAGGUGGUCCUGACCCAGUCGGACCUCCUCUUUGUCGUCGACAGCCUGACGGUCCUGAUCGCCUGGAGGUGGUCGGCCCACCGGAUCCUCAACACCUUUCGGUAACAAAGGGCGGCGCCGUUCUUUGGCCGAUGGAAGGGGCGAAACAGAAACAGAAACAGAAACGACCAUUCGGAAUGGGAUCCCUUGUUCCCGUUGCGGCCGGCCGGGCAGUGUCCGGGGGACGGAAGGAUCCCUUCCGAGCGCACCCGGUUGCGACACCGAUUGCGACACCGAUUGCGAUGGGAAACGAACCACCGCGCCGGUGUUGUAACACCCCCCCCCCAAAAAAAAAACGACCCGGGUCCAUCGCGGGGUGCCUCGGCCUCGGGGGUUUGUGAUGCGCAACUUGCGGUACGGGAGCGGCACUCUAGAACGCAUCGAAUCGCAUCGCAUCGAAUCGCAUCGCAUCGCAUCGCAUCGCAUCGCAUCGAUGGCAAUGAUAACAACAAUGAUUAGACACAAAAGCACUCGUUUCAAUCCUAGCCUUAUAGAAAU